AUGAGCCACAGCCCGGAGAGGAUCUCGUCCUACCGCCGUCACUUUGAGGACAGCAGCAGCUUGUCCCAUCAGGUCAGGGUGUCCAGCCCAUCCCCCACCAGGAGAAAGGCCCGUCAGUCCUCCGCCGGCUACUCCUGCAGAGCCGGGGCCGGCAGCAUGCGUGUGGAGUCACCAGGAAGAAGGACAGUCUCGUCUGCACGCAGGUCCCGCAUGGUUGGAGCAGGUGUGAGUGCAGGAGUCAUGGUAUGUGUUGGGCCUAGUGGCGAGCCUGCCAUAGACCUGGAUGUGGCUGCGGCUGAGAACCAGGAAUUCCUCAACACCCGCACAAGUGAAAGACAGGAGAUGAUUGUCCUCAAUGAUAGACUGGCUGUAUACAUUGACAAGGUUCGAUCACUUGAGCAGCAGAACAAGCUACUGGAAACAGAGAUUGAGGUCUACCAGAACCGCUUUGAGAAGCCAUCAGGUCUGCGCCUCCUGUAUGAGGAACAGCUGAAGGAGCUGAAAAGGAUCGCUGACCAGAUGAGAGUUCAGCGGGACAUUUCCUUGGCUGCUAAGGAGUCCACAGCUGCUCGACUAGAGGCAAUCAAAAUUAAAUAUGAGGAGGCAGUGGAGCUGAGGAAGAAAGCUGAGUCAGACAUUGAAGCCUUCCGUCCAGAUGUUGACAAAGCCACCUCCUCACGCAUCGCCUUGGAGAAGAAGCUGGAGCAACUGGAAGUUGAAAUUGAAUUCCUAAAACGGGUCCAUCAACAGGAAAUUGAUGAGCUCAUGAAACAGAUCUAUACAUCUCACGCCACGGUGCACAGUGCCUUCACCAUGCCUGACCUGGCAACUGCUUUGAAACAAAUCCAAACCCAGUAUGACAACAUUGCGGCCCAAAAUCUACAGGAGAUGGAUUCAUGGUAUAAAAACAAGUUUGAAGAUUUAACCAAGAAGACGUCAAGGCAUGUAGAUAAGGUUCGAAGCGUUAGAGAAGAAAUAAUAGGUGCAAAAAAGGAUAUCCAAAGCAAAGAACUUGACUUGGAUGCCCUGAAAACCAGGAAUGAAGCUCUUGAGGCCCAGAUCCGAGAGACGCAAGCAAAGUACAGGAAAGAACUGGAAGACCUGCAGGCUCGGAUUGAGGCCCUGCAGCUUGAGCUGAAAUCCACUAAGGAGAAAAUUGCGCUCCACCUGCGCGAGUACCAGGACCUCCUGAAUGUCAAGAUGGCUCUCGAGAUUGAGAUCACAACUUACAGAAAAUUGAUUGAGGGAGAGGAUGGACGGUUAUCUGGCUUGAUGCAAACCCUGUCUCUUACCACCUCUUGUGUGAGCACUAUUGGUGCUGGGAUGACCUUUGGUGGAGGAGGCAUGGGCGGUGCAGGUGGAAUGGGUGAUGGACUGACAGAAGGUAGUGGUGCAGGCGCUGGAGGCAUGAGCAGUGUUGGCACUGGUGCCGGUGGACUGGGUGCUAGAAGCGUUGGUGUUGGUGCUGGUACUGGUGGUGGGGGGAUGGGUACUGGACCUGGAAGUGUGCUAGCUGGAGGUAUGGGUACCGGGGCUGGAGGUGUGGGCACUGGUGUUGGGGGAAACUUGGAAUUCGGCGCUGGUGGCAAGGGUGACGGCAGCGUGGGUGGUGAUGGAAUGGGUGCAGGUAUUCGCUCCACAAGUUCUGGUGGCAUGGGUGGAGGAGUGGCUGACACCAGUGGUGCCAGGAUGAGAAGUGGAUCAGAUGGACAUGGCGGCAACACUGAGGCCUACACUGACCAGGUUGUGGAGCUGAUGGAGAGAAGGACAGUGGUGAUUAGAACGGUCAAAAACAGGGGUGACGUGCUGGAGAUGGACCACCAGGAAAAAACCUACACCAUCACCGGUGCGGCCAAUGACUCUGACGACGACUGAGCAGCACAAAUUCCCAAGUGACUUCCUCUCCCCCUUAAAGCUCCACGCCCCUCUGAGCUUUGCACUGACCAAACCCCAUGUCUGGGCACUGACCUUUCCCCUUUGCCCUGGACAAGGAGACCAUGAAUGACCCUUUGCUACAAAGUUAAACCUUCACCUCAUUGGGUUUAAAUAUGCCUAAGAACACUCAACAUGGUCUCUACACUGUUGUGUGCCUUAC